GGAAGCCUCGCUCAGAUUGCUUGCAACAACCAAGUGCAGACCAACCAGCAGACUUUUUCAUGAAGAGUGGUCACGAUCCAUCUGCUUCCCCUCACUCACUUACGGAUAUGCCGGCUUUCCCUUUGUGCGACUUCCCAGCCUAAAGGCACAUGGCAAGGAACCAUCCCCCACACCCCUACGGAUCUUUGCACCAUGAGCUAACUUCUGGACCGGCGGGGACGUUGAGGAUGGGGAUCACCUCGGAGGCAAGUUCCACUUUAAUCUUGACGCAUCAGAGAUGUUCUGGAAAAACAUCAAGUUGGUAACACAGUCUCAGAAGUUGGAAAAUUUGGAAUAUGUCAGGCCUCUACAUUCCACGGUGAGGUCCACAAUAGUGUUUGAUAUUCAGUUCUUCCUAGAAGGUCACAGUUUAAGGAUUUUGCUAAUUGCUCUUUGACAAAACCAGGCUUAGAUGUGAUGUUUUCUAGAUUAUUUUUGGUUAAAGGUCACCAUCCUUUCACGCUACAUGGUGAUACAUGGGAAUUUAGGACCAGAGCUGCUUCUUCACUUUGCAUUUGCACUAAAUUGACGUCGAGGAGACUUAACUCUGAAGCAAUUUUUGGAAUAAGAUACGACCUGGACAGUUUUGAGUUCUUCUCAGAGGGAUCUUGGUAUUACGUUGCUAUUGGGAAACCUCUAAACGUGCAGCGCCGGAUGUCUUCGGACGCAUUCAGAAAUGUAUUGGUACGGAAAUCCAUGCCAGAUCUGGAAUAAAAAAGGACUAAGAAAGUUGCUUUUGGAGAACUGAAUCAAUCCGGGACUCGAUGACAGCAAAUUUGGCAGCUUUUUCACAGGAAAUCCUUCGCGCCUCGUAAAAGACUUCAGCGCCGGUUUGGGGAACAAAAGACAGAAGCUGCUAAAUUUGGCGCUGUUCUUAAGAGACGCCCGACCGCGUCUUAAUUCAAAGACUUUUCGGCCGGCGGGUUCUUCCAGACCGGCGAUGUGGAACGCGUCCAACAGUUCGGCGGGCAACUGGAGCUGCGGCAAGAACGACGGCUUCAAGUACCCGUUGUACAGCACGGUCUUCAGCGUGGUCUUCGUAGUGGGGCUGAUCACCAACGCGGUGGCCAUCUACAUCUUCGCCUGCUCGCUCAAGCUGCGCAACGAGACCACCACGUACAUGAUGAACUUGGCGGCCUCCGACCUACUCUUCGUCUUCACGCUGCCGCUGCGCGUCUUCUACUUCAUCAACGGCAGCUGGCCCUUCGGCAGCGUGCUGUGCAAGGUGUCGGUGUCGCUUUUCUACACCAACAUGUACGGCAGCAUCCUCUUCCUGACCUGCAUCAGCGUGGACCGCUUCCUGGCCAUCGUGCACCCCUUGCGCUCGCGGACGCUACGUACCCAGCGCAACGCUAAGCUACUGUGCGCGGGCGUCUGGGCGCUGGUGCUGUCGGUCAGCCUGCCGACGGGGUUCCUGUUGGACACCACCUCGCGGCAGCGCGCCAACGCCACCUUCUGCUUCGAGAACUUCUCCUCCAGCCAGUGGAAGUCACACCUGUCCAAGGUGGUCAUCUUCAUGGAGACGGUGGGUUUCGUCAUCCCGCUCCUGCUCAACGUGGGCUGCUCCGUCAGGGUGCUUCAGACUCUGCGGCGCCCCUACAAGGUCAGUCGAGGCGGCGAGUUGAACAAGACCAAAAUCCUGCGAAUGAUCGCCGUGCACCUCGGAACCUUCUGCUUCUGCUUCGUGCCCUACAACGUCAACCUGGUCUUUUACUCGCUGGUGCGCACCAAGGCGCUAAGGGGCUGCCUGGCCGAGUCGGUGGUGCGCGCCAUCUACCCCGUGGCGCUGUGCGUCGCCGUCUGCAACUGCUGCUUGGACCCCAUCGUCUACUACUUCACCUCCGAGACCAUCCAGAACUCCAUCAAGAGGAAGUCGCUGUCCAAGUUCUCCGAAGCGCUCCGUUCGGAAUCGGCUUACGAACUGCAAUGCGGACUGAAGAACCUGAAAGCUCCGAUGCUACAGGAGGAGUCAUCGGUGUGACGUUUUUUUGAGGACUAUACAGCAAGGGCGUAGGUUUGGUCUCAACAUUGGUAGGGACGCUAUUACAGCAUAACCUGCAUUUACACUUUUUGCUGGGGACGGGACAUUAAUAAGACCAAACAGAUUGGAUACAUUUCUCAAAAAUAGCUGGUUACGACAGAAAAAUGAAUAAAGUUAAAGUUAUUUUCAUAGGGAGAAAGUCAUUUUUCAAAAUGCUUCCUUCAUUUCAAGAAAAUUUACAGUGGUUGUGUUUUUGUUGGUUUUUUUGGCGGGGGGGGGGGGUUAAAAAUGUGCAUAGGCUGCAAAUAUACUUUUUUUUUUUUUUUUUAAUGUAGAAAAUAAAUACAUUUUAAUUCAUGAAUAAAUGCACAAAAUGCACAGUUGAAUUAAAGUUGACAGUAAAAAACAUACAGGAAGACACCUCUAAGCAGCUUUCUACUCGAGUUUCACAAGUUAGCAAGUUCACACAGUUUAAUGUUGUGCACAAAAAUACAGCCUGGGACCGUGUGCUUUGGUCAGAUGAGACCAAGAUUGAGAUCGGGUCUGGCGUGCCACGAAAGAUGUGCAUGAUGAAAAGCACCUCAUACCCACUGUGAAGUAUGGGGGUUGGUCAGUGGUGCUGUGGGGCUGUUUCGCUUCCAAAGGCCCUGGGAACCUUGUUAGGGUGCAUGGCAUCAUGAAUGCUUUGAAAUACCAGGACAUUUGAAAUCAAAAUCUGUUGCCCGAAAGCUGAAGAUGUGUCGUCAAUGGGUCUUUCAGCAAGACAAUGACCCUAAACAUAUGGCCAAAUCUACACAAAAAUGGUUCACCAGACACAAAAUCAAGCUCCUCCCAUGGCCAUCUCAGUCCCCAGACCUUGUUUUGUUGGCAAAAGGGGGUUGUACAAAAUAUUAACACCAGCGGUGCUAAUAAUUGUGACACACAUUAUUUGAUGUCAAAUAUUUUUUUCUUUAUGUGGGAUUUUUUCCCCACUGAAUGAAUGCACUUGUAUUGAAGGUUGGAUUUUUCUCUUUUUUUCCAUUAAGGUCCCAUAUUAUUUGAAUUAAAAAUAUAUAUAUAUUAGGGCUGUUAAACGAUUAAAAAUUUUAAUCGAGUUAAUUACAGCUUAAAUAUUAAUUAAUCGUAAUUAAUCACAAUUUAUCGCAAUUCAAACCAUCUAUAAAAUAUGCCAUAUUUUUCUGUAAAUGUUGGAAUGGAAAGACACAAGAUGGAUAUAUACAUUCAACAUACGGUACAUAAGUACUGUAUUUGUUUAUUAUAACAAUAAAUCAUCAAGAUGGCAUUACCAUUAUUAACAUUCUGUUAAAGCGAUCCAUGGAUAGAAAGACUUGUAGUUCUUAAAAGAUAAAUGUUAGUACAUGUUAUAGAAAUUUUACAUUAAAACCCCUCUUCAUGUUUUCGUUAUAAUAAAAUUUGUAAAAUUUUCAAUCCAAAAAUAAACUAGUAGCCCGCCAUUGUUGAUGUCAAUAAUUACUUACACAAUACUCAUGGGUGUUGAAGCCUAUAAAAUCAGUCGCACCCAAGCGCCAGCAGAGGGCGGCAAAACUAAAAAAAAAACACAGCAAGUACUCCUUUCCUUUCACUGUGCUGUCAUUUUAAUCUGUUGGAGCGGGGCAUUUAUGCGUUAAUUGCGUCAAAUAUUUUAACAGGAUUAAUUUUAAAAAUUAAUUACCGCUCGUUAACGCGAUAAUUUUGACAGCCCUAAUAUAUAUAAUAGACGCUAAAAAACACAUCUUUUUCAGGGGUGCCAAUAAUUAUGGAGGGCACUGUAACUCUGAUGCAGGUCGGACUUUCAGUUGCAAAAUUAGUGGCAUGUUCCCCACCUCCACAACAUUGACAUAUUUUUACAUUACUUACAGUGGCUGCUGCUGCUGCUGGCCGGGAAAAAAAAACCUUCUAAUAUCUCUCCUCUUCAAAGGGGACGGAGGAGACGGCAUAUUGACAUUAUUUCUGUCGGGAUUGUGUGAAAGUGUGAGUUCUAGUCAUCAGCCAAUCAAACGUGUGUUUGAGGGGGAAAAAAUGGACAGGCACAUUCAGCAAGUGAAAAGGAGUGAAAAUAAGUCUGAACAUAAUAAAAGUAAUACACUUAAUAAUGGUAGCUGAACUCAUUGUAACAUUCAAAUAAGGUCGCUUAAAAGUUGGUGGGGACAAUUUGAGCAUCCUGAAAAGUUGGUAGUGUUAUGUCCCUACCGUCCCUAUGCAAACCUACGCCCUUGCUAUACAGUCACUGUGCAACCCACUGGAAAGGAGUGAAAACACUUGAGGAAGUGCCUGUGCGCGUAUCUGUCGCUAACUUUAGCACACUUAACUCACAGACUGACAUUGACGGCGUUAGAGGUCGAACCAGUUUGAAUUGGGAGGGCUGGCAGUGAGUGAACCAACAUUGAUUCGCGACAACCCUCUCGCUUAAAAUGGAUUGGACGUCUAUUUCUGAGAAACUCGUUGAAAUUCACAGCAGUGAAUGGCACUGAAAGAAUUAAAGUGGAGUGUAAUUGUAAACAACUGCCAAAAUUAUAUUAAAACUUCCUAUCAACACUUUAAAAUCUGUCGUCAUUGUCACCAUGAAUCUGGGGUGUCAACUGUACAGCCCGCGGGUCACAAACAGCCCGCUAGGGGGUUACGGGUUUGUUCUUACAUACUGUAAAUACAGAAUCGCAUGCUUUUAUUUUGACUUGAUGCCAUAAAACCGGAGAUUUGUACACUGGCUCGCUUUUUUUGUCCGCAGUUACAUUCACUUGCACCCAAUCAGGUCAAAAUGGAUUGGACGUCAAAAGCCGUCAAUGGCAGCCAAUUAAUCAACAAAGAAGUGAUCCAAUAAUGCCCCAAAACCAACAGGAAAUGACUUGAAAUCAGCAGUAGGUAAAUUGGAAAUGCCCCAAAACCAACAGGAAGUGGACAAAAUCAACAAGAGGUAACUUGAAAAUGCCCCCAAAUUAACAGGACGUGACCAAUGAACAGGAAGUGGCUUGGAAAUCAACGGCACAUAAUCCAAAAUGUACAAGAAGUGACCCUGAAGUACACUAAGAUUACAAGGAAGGCACAUGAAAUGAACUCUUUGGCUGCCAUUAACAAUGAUAAACCUCAAAUUCACUUAAACUGGGAGUGCUAGCUGUGAGUGCCCUCCAUAAUUAUUGGCACCCCUGGUUAAGAUCUGUUUUUUAGCUUCUAAUAUAUUUUUUUUAAAUUCAAA